CCUGAGCCGGGAGGAGGAGAUGGCGCGUCUGGAAGCUGCCCUCGACUUCAAACUGCGCGAGAUCGAGGCUCUCCAGCGGCGCCUGCGCGACAAACAGAUCCAGACGUCAUACGGUCAAAGGAGCGUCAGCAAGUCGCACGGCUUCGGCAGUCGCCGCUCAACUCUCGGGACCGGAAGUGGGCCGCCUGCUACAUCCGGUGGGAGGUCUGACGUCACCUGGGAUUCCGAAGCGAGCGCCGUUCCGCUCAGGUCUGACGAGAGCCUGUCUCCAUGGCGACAGAGGUCGCUGACCCCGCUGUCUCCCACUACGUCACCGCAAAGAGAGGAGAUGGGCAGGUCUCCGUCAGAAGUGACGCCUGCGUCCUCCCGUGCGGGACAGUCCAGUGGGAUCGGCAGCCUGAGUCACAGUUGGGGCUCGGCAAUCUCCGUGGAUCAUCGGAGACGCCUCGCGCCUCUUCGGGCUCCCGGCAGCGCGCCCGAAGUCUCCCGGAAAGAGCCGAUCGGGCCCGAGAGACCCCCUCGCUGUUCGUCGUCUCCUUCCGUUAGGACUAAGGCGGAACAUUAGUGCAAGUCUUACAUGUUAGGCCAUGUUGAUUUGAUUAAAUGGAUGACAUCAACCCCAAAAGUGACGCGAGCAUGCGAAUUAAAAAGAUAAAGUUGCCUUUAUCAUGAAAUCAAAGUGUCCAAAAAA